AUGGACAAGCCAACGCCCCUCAUCAACUCCUCCAUGAUGGCCAACCACGCGGGCCAGGUGGUGCGCAUCGUCGGCAAGGCGGCGCAGCUGGCGGGCAGCGAGCUCGUCGUGCAGACGUCGGACCAGGGCAACGUCGCCGUCGACCUGGCGCGCGACACGCAGCUGCGCGGCGAGGGGUACGUCGAGAUUGUGGGCAAGGUCGACGAGAACGGCGAGCGCCUGCGCGAGUUUACCAGCGUCGACUUUGGCGACAAGCUGGACAUGGCGCUCGUCGAGGCAGUGGUGCAGCUCUCGGCAAAGGUGCCCGCGCUCUUCGCCGAGUCAAGUAACUGAGCGUGUGGCGUGGCGUGCGACGCACUAGGAGAGGAAUGGAGCCGCCAUCGACCUCGCGCCUUCGGCAGCAGCAGCAUCUGCAGGCUGGGCGUGGAGGGACAGCGCAUCGAAUCGGCACGAGCACGAGCAGCAUCGCGCCCGCGGCCGUCCGGCGUACUUGUACUAUACAAUCAUUCAUCAGCCGUG